AUGGCCGCACCACCCCCCGAUACCGACAGCGACCCCGUCACCCUCGACAACAUCGCCCAGGUGCUCCAACACGACACCCGCGUCAAGCUGGCCGGCGUCGACGUGGACGGCAUGCUGCGCGGCAAACUCAUCUCGAAGAAGAAAUUCCUCUCGAUCGUCGCCGACGGAUUUGGCUUCUGCUCCGUGAUUUUCGGCUGGGACAUGCACGACCGCACCUACUUCAAGGAGCUGGCCAUCAGCAACAAGGAGAACGGGUACCGCGAUCUGGUGGCCGUGCCGGAUCUGCGCAGCUUCCGGCGCAUCCCCUGGGAGAACAACAUCCCCUUCUUCCUGGUCAGCUUCUUCGAUCCCGACACGAAGGAGCCGGUGUGCGCCUGUCCGCGGGGGUUGCUGCGGACCGCGCUCGGCCGGGUCGAGGCGGCCGGGUACCGGGCGAUGGCUGGUGCGGAGUAUGAGUUCUACCACUUUCGCGCACCCAGCACCCACGCCGACCCGAAGCAGAACGCCUCCGCCACGGCAACCUUCCUGAAAGAGAACCCCGUCGAGGCACUACCAUCGUUGACGGAGGGCAUGUUUGGGUACAGUCUGACGCGGCCGACGCAUAACCAGGAGUAUUAUUACGGGGUAUUCGACGCAUGCGAGCAAUUCAACUGCGAGAUCGAGGGGUGGCACACGGAGAGCGGGCCGGGGGUGUAUGAAGCGGCGCUCCAAUUCGGCGAAGCCAAAGACAUGGCCGAUAAAGCGGGACUCUUCAAAUACGUCGUCAAAUCCCUCGGCACCAAACACGGCAUCACGCCCACCUUCAUGGCCAAACCGCGCGAGGGCCUCCCCGGCAACAGCGGCCACAUGCACAUCUCGUUAGUCACGCAAGACGGCACGAACGCGUUCUACCGCGAACAACCCGACCCCAACCCGCCGUACCCGGACGUGGCGCACCUCUCCGAUCUGGGCCGGCACUUCCUGGCGGGGGUGUUGGAGGGCCUCCCCGACAUCAUGCCCAUGUUCGCGCCGACGGUCAACUCGUACAAGCGGCUGGUCGAGAACUUCUGGGCGCCCGUGACGGUGUCCUGGGGGCUGGAGCACCGCGCGGCGUCGAUCCGGGUGAUCGCGCCGCCAACGGCCAGUCCCAAGGCGACGCGGCUGGAGGUGCGCGUGCCGGGGGCGGAUGCGAACCCGCAUUUCGUGCUGGCGGCGGUGGCGGCGCUGGGGUGGCGCGGCGUGCAGAAGAAGCUGGAGAUCCCCGUGCCGCCGCUGUCGAAGGGGGAUGAGAUGGGCGGGGCGAGCGACGCCGGGGUGCGGCUGGCGAAGUCGCUGCGGGAGGCGGUGGCGGCGUUCAUGCGCGAGGGGAGCGUGGCGCGCGAGGUGUUUGGGGAUGCGUUUGUGGAGCAUUUUGGAGGGACGAGGGAGCAUGAGUGUCGGUUGUGGGAGGAGGCGGUGACUGACUGGGAGGUGCGGCGGUAUAUCGAGACGGUUUAGGGUGCAUAGUAGAGGAGGAGGAGGCGGGCUACGGAUAAAUCAUGAGUUACGACUGCGACUGGAUGAUUGAGUUCUACAAUGUGCAUAGAUAUUACGUGACUAAAUCAGAUGAACGACUUGAAAUCGGCCAUCGUUCGACACCACACGUAACAAUGAGCGAGGAGCAACAGCACAUACUCAGCUACCAACAGCACAUAGAAACUUAUACUACAGUGAAGAGCAUCCAUAAACAAUCCAAUGCAAAGAAUUCAAUUCAUUAUUUUAAAACACGGGUUCCAUACUCCAUAUCACAAGUAGGCAACCCCCACCCCCAAGUCCAUAUACACUAUACAAUUAACCCACCCCAU